AUGGAUAACUAUCAGAAGCUGGAGAAGAUCGGUGAAGGCACGUACGGUGUCGUCUACAAGGCCCGCGACCUCUCGAAUCAUGGCGAGAUCGUCGCCAUGAAGAAGAUCCGCCUCGAGGCCGAGGACGAGGGCGUGCCGAGCACCGCCAUCCGCGAGAUCUCCCUGCUCAAGGAGAUGCGCGACCCCAACAUCGUGCAGCUGCUCAACAUCGUGCACGCCGACGGCCACAAGCUCUACCUCGUCUUUGAGUUCCUCGACCUCGACCUGAAGAAGUACAUGGAGGCCCUGCCCGUCAGCGAUGGCGGCCGCGGCAAGGCCCUGCCCGACGGCUCCAGCGAGUCCCUCGGCCGCCUCGGGCUGGGCGACGCCAUGGUCAAGAAGUUCAUGUGGCAGCUCUGCUCCGGCAUCCGCUACUGCCACAGCCACCGUGUGCUGCACCGCGACCUCAAGCCCCAAAACCUGCUGAUCAACCGCGAUGGCAACCUGAAGCUCGCCGACUUCGGUCUGGCCCGCGCCUUCGGCGUGCCUCUGAGGACCUACACCCACGAGGUCGUCACUCUCUGGUACCGCGCCCCCGAGAUCCUGCUGGGCGGCCGCCAGUACUCCACCGGCGUCGACAUGUGGUCCGUUGGCACCAUCUUCGCCGAGAUGUGCACCCGCAAGCCGCUCUUCCCUGGCGACUCCGAGAUCGACCAGAUCUUCAAGACCUUCCGCCUGCUGGGAACCCCCACCGAGGAGGUAUGGCCCGGUGUGACAUCCUACCCCGACUUCAAGUCCAGUUUCCCCAAGUGGCAUCGCGACUACUCGGUACCGCUGUGCACCAACCUGGACGAGGACGGCUUGGCACUUCUCGAGAGGUGUCUCGAGUACGACCCCGCCGGUCGUAUCUCGGCCAAGCAGGCGUGCAACCACCCAUACUUUGAGGGCUCGCGGCAUUCUCGCGCCAACGGAUACUGA